AUGGAUCCUCCAGACUUCUAUUACAUCACAUUGGAAGUUGUCAACAUCCAAAAUAUGAGAUUUCCCUUCACGGGAUUAACUAAAGGUAACAAGGUUGGUGCUCAUAAAGGACCUGUAGAAGCAAUGGUAACAAUAGAGAAUGAACUGGGGACUAAUGAUAUAGAGUAUGAAAAUGUUGGGAAAGAGCCUACAUCGAGGUUAGUUGAUGCAAUAACUAGUGAUGUAGAAAAUGAAAGACCGGUGGAUCGGUCGAAACAAAAUGCUAAAAGCAAAAUCAACUUCGGUUCUAACGCAAUUGUGUCUGGACCCGGAGUGGUAUCCACUCCAUUGGUCACAAAGAGUCCUAGGGAGUGGUAUCAUGUCACGUUGGAAGGGGUCAGCGUAAGAAAUACUAGAAUUCCAUUCAAUAUUGGAGUAGCUAAAUACAUGAAGGAUGUUGUUAAGGAGGGUAAUAUCGUGAUAGACUCGGGAACCACGAUGACUCAUUUACCGACGGAUAUGUACCAAAAACUUGAGAAUACGCUGAGAGGCGCGAUUAAAGCCAUACCAGUCGAGGAUCCAACUGGGGAAUUAAGCCUUUGUUAUAAGAACGUCAACAACUUUAGAAUUCCGACAAUCAUUUUCCAUUUCGCGGGAGGUGCUGAUGUGGCGUUGGAGACGAAUAAUACUAUUGCUCCAUACUCGGGUCUGUUGUGUCUAGCCAUAAUCCCAUCUGAUGAUCUAGCCAUAUAUGGGAACUUGUCCCAAAUGAACCACUUAAUUGGAUAUCAUCUUGAUAAAAAAUUUGUUUAUUUCAAGCCAACUAUAUGUUAA